GGGUCGAGGAUUCGGUCUGUUUGGUUCCAUCUUUGGGAAGGACAGUGCAAUAAAUCAGUCAAACAGUGUUUUUGGACUCGUGUUUUAUAUACUACAAAUGCUACUUGGUAUGACAGCAAGUGCAGUAGCAGCUCUAAUCCUCAUGACCUCCUCCAUAGUGUCUGUAGUAGGGUCCCUGUACUUGGCAUACAUUCUGUACUUCGUGCUGAAGGAAUUUUGCAUUGUCUGCGUCCUCACAUAUUUGCUGAACUUCAUUCUCUUUAUCAUCAACUACAAACGACUAGUUUAUUUGAACGAGGCCUGGAAACGGCAGCUCCAACCCAAACAGGAAUAACACCUGUUUGAACUUGUGACUGACAGUCUGAAGACCCAACUUCCAUUAAGUUUAUUUUGCAGUAAUUUUUUAUUCUCCAUAUCAGACACUUUCCCUGGGAAUCAUAACUGAAUUUUUAAUUAUAAAUUUGAAGGGGCCCUAGAUAAUUUUUUUGUGCUAAUCUUCAAUUUAAAUGUGGUUAAGAAAGAAAGCUCUCAUGCAAUCAAAGACAAGCUUUAACUUUACUUUGAAGGAGGUUUAGCCACAGCAAAGCCUAGACUCUUCCCCCUCCGCCUGUGAAAUGGGUAACACUGCUAUGAAAUAUCCUGUAUAUAAAUUCAGGUAUAACAAUAUGUGGUCAUGACAUUAAAUAUUCUAGACUAGCAUUACCAUAUUUAAUGUUGCCAUGUUUACAGUAUGUGUAUUACUUUUUUUUUUUAGCUGAUGGACUCUAGAUUUGACUAGGACUUAUCCUGUAAAUAAAAUUAGAACUCUUGGUUUCAUCCCUGGAGAACUCACUGUACAAUCAGUGUUGUUAGCCUA